AUGCCGUGCAUGGCGCAGCGGCUGCGGCCGACGAUAGCGCGGUCGCAUAGCCUGAUCUCUCAUGUGCGAGGCCACGCGCCGCUCCGCGCCGCCAGCGGCCCAGCGACGCAUUCUGCGCGCGAAGCAGGCCAGAACAGCGCACACCCUCCCGCGCACCGUUGCCGGGGCUUCCCAGAGCGCGUGAGCGCCCGGAGACGGUGCAUUGCUUCCUCGUCCGGCCGGCCGGCGGCCGAACUGGACACCGCGGACGCGGAGGCGUCGCUGGUGUCCCGGGCACAGCAGCGGGCAGGAACAGUCGAGGAAAGGUUUCGUCUCAGAGGCUCCAGCUUCGAGGGGCGCCAGAGCGUGCUGCACCGCCUGAGAGCGGACGAUCCGAUCAUUCUGACGCGCGAGCCCACGAACCCGCACGACCCUCACGCAGUCGUGGUGCGCGCGAUCGACGGCACCGCAAUCGGUUACGUGCCUCGCGAGCUCACAAAGCACGUCCUUUACGGCCUGUCCUUCGGUCGAGUCUACAGCAUCGGGGACGUGUUCGUCGAGGACCCUAAGGGCGGCCCGCCGCGCCCCCUGCGCGGCGCGCAAUGCGCCACUCGCCCUCUCCUGCCUCCUCUUUCUGUCGACAUCGUGCCGUCCAAGCUCGCGCCCGCCAUGCUGGACCUCGCCGACCUCGUCGCGAGCGCCGCCUGGCAGCGCCUCUCCGCCGCCGUCCUCGCCCGCGCCCAGCACCGCUGUCAGGUCUGCGGUCGGCCUGGCAACAGCAACAAACAAGCCCCGGAGUUCGCGGGGCCCGCCGCGCCCGGGCCGCUCACGGCGGCGCCGGUCUGGGAGCCCGAGGCGCUCGAUCCGAACCGCGGAAAGCAGGUGCUGCGCGCGGUCGUGGCGCUGUGUCCGGCCUGCAGCGCUACGCGGCGCGCUCUGGCGCUGCCGGGCGGCGCGGAACAGCAGCCCUUCCUGCGGCACUUGGCGGAGAUGAACGCGUGGGCGACGGCGCCGUCGGGCGUGCGGUGGGCGGACACGUACUGCGCGGGGUUGUGGAACGUGGGUCGGUUGCUUGAUGGCGCUGGGGAUCUGGGCGUCGAUGUGUCGUGGCUGCUGGGGCCGGGGGGGGGAGUGGUGGAGGGGGAGCUCGCGGCGGAGCUGAGGGCGUAG